AUGGCUGCCGCCAAUGCUCCGAUCACUAUGAAAGAAGUUCUCACGUUGCCUAGCAUAGGGAUCAAUUCACAGUUUAUUACUUUCACAAAUGUGACUAUGGAAUCUGAUAAGUAUAUAUGCGUGCGCGAGACAUCACCUCAGAAUAGUGUGGUGAUUAUCGACAUGAACAUGCCCUCACAGCCAUUGAGGCGGCCUAUUACUGCAGAUUCUGCACUUAUGAAUCCUAAUACCAGAAUUUUGGCUCUGAAAGCUCAACUUCCUGGAACUACUCAAGAUCACUUGCAAAUAUUCAACAUUGAGGCAAAAGCAAAAAUGAAGUCUCAUCAGAUGCCUGAGCAAGUUGUUUUUUGGAAGUGGAUUACUCCAAAGAUGUUGGGUUUGGUUACACAAUCAUCUGUAUAUCACUGGUCUAUUGAAGGUGAUUCUGAACCUGUGAAGAUGUUUGAUAGAACUGCUAACUUGGCAAGCAACCAAAUCAUCAAUUACAGAUGUGACCCUUCUGAGAAAUGGCUGGUUUUGAUUGGGAUCGCUCCUGGUUCACCCGAAAGGCCUCAAUUAGUGAAAGGAAAUAUGCAGCUGUUUUCUGUGGAUCAGCAACGGAGUCAAGCUCUUGAAGCUCAUGCUGCAUCAUUUGCUUCUUUAAGAGUUCCAGGAAAUGAUAAGGAUUCCAUUCUUAUUUCUUUUGCGAGCAAAUCCUCUAACGCUGGACAGAUUACAUCGAAGUUGCACGUUAUUGAGCUUGGUGCCCAGCCAGGGAAACCAUCUUUUACGAAGAAACAAGCAGAUUUAUUCUUUCCUCCAGAUUUUGCUGAUGAUUUUCCAGUGGCCAUGCAGAUAUCACAUAAGUAUAAUUUGAUAUAUGUAAUUACAAAACUGGGGCUUCUCUUCGUAUAUGAUUUGGAAUCUGCCACAGCAGUCUACCGAAAUAGGAUAAGUCCAGAUCCAAUUUUUCUGACAUCAGAAGCUUCAUCAGUAGGAGGUUUCUAUGCUAUUAAUAGACGUGGCCAGGUUUUACUUGCUACAGUAAAUGAAACAACACUAGUGCCCUUUGUCAGUGGCCAAUUAAACAAUCUGGAGCUUGCUGUAAAUCUUGCGAAAAGAGGGAAUUUGCCUGGUGCAGAGAAUUUGGUUGUACAACGCUUCCAAGAAUUGUUUGCUCAAACAAAGUAUAAAGAGGCUGCUGAGCUUGCUGCGGAAUCUCCACAAGGCAUCCUUCGGACACCAGAUACAGUAGCCAAAUUUCAGAGUGUUCCUGUUCAAGCUGGACAAACCCCACCAUUGCUACAGUACUUCGGAACCCUACUGACGAAAGGAAAGCUCAAUGCUUUUGAGUCUUUGGAGUUAUCUCGCCUUGUCGUGAACCAGAACAAAAAGAAUCUUUUGGAGAACUGGUUGGCUGAGGAUAAGCUGGAAUGUAGUGAAGAACUUGGGGACCUUGUGAAGACCGUGGACAAUGAUCUUGCACUGAAAAUAUAUAUUAAAGCAAGAGCUACUCCGAAAGUUGUUGCAGCCUUUGCUGAGCGCAGGGAGUUUGAUAAAAUCUUGAUAUACUCCAAGCAGGUUGGGUAUACACCUGAUUAUCUGUUUCUUCUGCAAACUAUUCUCCGAUCAGAUCCUCAGGGAGCUGUCAAUUUUGCUCUCAUGAUGUCCCAAAUGGAAGGAGGUUGUCCUGUUGAUUAUAAUACCAUUACUGAUCUCUUUCUUCAGAGGAACUUGAUCCGCGAAGCAACAGCAUUUUUGUUGGAUGUUCUGAAACCCAAUUUGCCAGAUCAUGCGUUCCUCCAAACUAAGGUUCUGGAAAUCAACCUUGUAACCUUUCCUAAUGUGGCUGAUGCUAUUUUAGCAAACGGAAUGUUCAGUCAUUAUGAUCGGCCACGUAUUGCCCAGCUUUGUGAAAAAGCUGGUCUUUACAUGCGAGCUCUUCAGCACUACACUGAACUGUCAGAUAUCAAACGUAUCAUUGUGAAUACUCAUGCAAUUGAGCCACAGGCUCUUGUGGAAUUUUUCGGGACACUUUCACGGGAAUGGGCGUUAGAGUGCAUGAAGGAUCUUUUACUGGUCAACUUAAGAGGCAACCUUCAAAUAAUUGUCCAGGUUGCAAAAGAAUAUUGUGAACAGUUGGGUGUUGACGCAUGUAUUAAGAUCUUUGAGCAGUUCAAGUCGUAUGAGGGGUUAUAUUUCUUUUUGGGAUCAUAUUUGAGCUCCAGUGAGGACCCUGACAUCCACUUCAAGUACAUUGAGGCAGCUGCUAAGACUGGACAAAUCAAGGAGGUAGAGCGCGUGACAAGAGAAUCAAAUUUCUAUGACCCUGAAAAGACGAAGAACUUUUUAAUGGAUGCCAAACUUCCAGACGCUCGACCACUGAUCAAUGUGGCUAAAGCUCAACUCAGGGAAGGAUUAGUGAGCGAUGCGAUUGAAUCAUUUAUUCGUGCUGAUGAUGCCACCCAAUUCUUGGAGGUUAUUCAUGCUGCGGAGGAAGCAAAUGUUUAUCAUGACCUGGUGAAGUAUCUUCUGAUGGUUAGGCAGAAAGCAAAGGAGCCCAAGGUGGACAGUGAGCUCAUUUAUGCAUAUGCUAAGAUUGAUAGGCUGGGUGAGAUUGAAGAGUUUAUUCUCAUGCCAAAUGUUGCCAAUCUCCCAAAUGUUGGCGAUCGCUUGUAUGAUGAAGAGCUAUAUGAGGCAGCUAAGAUUAUUUUUGCUUUUAUCUCUAACUGGGCCAAAUUGGCAUGCACACUUGUCAAGUUGAAGCAAUUUCAAGGUGCUGUUGACGCAGCACGUAAAGCUAAUAGCUCAAAGACAUGGAAAGAAGUCUGUUUUGCUUGUGUUGAUGCUGAAGAGUUCCGAUUGGCUCAGAUAUGUGGACUCAAUAUCAUUGUACAGGUUGAUGAUCUGGAAGAAGUCAGUGAAUUCUACCAGAACAGAGGAUGCUUUAAUGAGCUUAUAUCUCUUAUGGAGAGUGGUUUAGGAUUGGAACGUGCACAUAUGGGCAUCUUUACAGAGCUUGGUGUCUUGUAUGCUAGAUAUCGUUAUGAGAAGCUUAUGGAGCAUAUCAAAUUAUUCUCUACCCGUCUUAACAUUCCCAAGCUGAUCCGAGCAUGUGACGAACAGCAGCACUGGAAGGAACUAACUUAUUUGUAUAUUCAGUAUGAUGAGUUUGAUAACGCUGCCACCACUGUCAUGAAUCAUUCUCCAGAAGCCUGGGAUCACAUGCAAUUCAAAGAUAUUAUUGUCAAAGUUGCCAAUGUGGAGCUAUAUUACAAGGCAGUGCAUUUCUAUUUGCAAGAGCACCCUGAACUCAUUAAUGAUGUUCUGAAUGUCCUUGCCCUUCGUGUUGAUCACACACGUGUGGUGGACAUAAUGAGAAAGGCUGGCCACCUGCGUCUUGUUAAGCCAUACAUGGUUGCGGUUCAGAGUAAUAAUGUGUCUGCUGUGAAUGAAGCUCUUAAUGAGAUAUAUGUGGAGGAGGAGGAUUAUGACAGAUUGCGGGAAUCAAUUGACUUCCACGAUAACUUUGAUCAGAUUGGCCUUGCACAAAAGAUUGAGAAACAUGAGCUCCUUGAAAUGAGGCGUGUUGCAGCUUACAUUUAUAAAAAGGCCGGUAGAUGGAAGCAAUCCAUUGCACUGUCAAAGAAAGAUAACCUCUACAAAGACGCAAUGGAGACUGCUUCACAAUCUGGCGAUCGUGAACUUGCAGAAGAGUUGCUUGUUUACUUCAUUGAUCAGGGGAAGAAGGAAUGCUUUGCAUCAUGCCUCUUUGUUUGUUACGAUUUAAUUCGAGCAGAUGUUGCCCUGGAACUUGCAUGGAUGAAUAAUAUGAUCGACUUUGCGUUCCCAUAUCUGUUGCAGUUCAUCCGUGAAUAUACAGGGAAAGUCGAUGAAUUAAUCAAGGGCAAAAUUGAGUCUCUUAAUGAAGAGAAGGCUAAAGAGAAUGAGGAGAAGGAUAUUAUUAAACAGCAGAAUAUGUAUGCCCAGUUGCUGCCUCUUGCUUUGCCUGCACCGCCUAUGCCGGGUAUGGGAGGUGCUGGGAUGGGAGGAGGGUUCGCUGCACCACCCCCGCCCAUGGGUGGAAUGGGCAUGCCUCCAAUGCCACCAUUCGGCAUGCCACCAAUGGGAUCCUACUAA